AUGGAGAGAUUAACUUUGCCGCAAAAAGCACAGUUCUUCUACCUAAAAUUAAAAAUGUAAGUGUCUUUCAGUGUUAAAGCUAUAAUUCCAACUGCUGUAUUAUUGGGAAAUUGUUGAGUGGAGAGUUGGCCAACAUGCCAUUAAGCUAACAUGCAGCUCCAGAGUAACACAAAAGAACUCCGGCAAUUUUAUUUACUUUUAAACUAUAGCGCUACAUUUCUCUAAUGUAUAUGGAAUAUUCAUAUUACAUUUGUAAACAUUAUCCUUUAUAUAUUAUUUAUUUAUUUGUUUGUGUAUUAGUUUUUAUCUUGGUAUAAUUUGAAACUAUUUAGGAUGGUACACCAGAUUCACAUAAGCUGCCACUCUUUAACCUGCUUUACAGUCGGAAGGAUGUAUAACACAAUCCAGCUAAUCAUCUUUUUGCCAGAUUUUUCGCCAGCUAGUGUACUGAUAUUUUGAUCAAUCACUGUUACCAUUAUUAUACAACAUGUAAUAUUUUGGGUGUUAAACAAGACAGUCAUUUUAUGUUAAUUCCUUCUAGAGACAUUUCCAAAGAAGUUGAUGAAAGACCAGUUGAGAUUGAUAUAGUGACAUUUAAGAGUAUUCUUAUACAAGCUCUUGAUUCUUUACAUGGAAAGGUAGCUGAAAUUCUUGCCUCCUUCCUAUGAUGAUUAUUAUGAAUCAGAUAUAUUUUUGUUUUCUUUUGUUGAAAUCUUGUGUCAACUGCAAAAUCAAUAUAUGCUUACUUUUUGUGUGAUGUGCAUGGUUUUUGUCAGCAAAAAUAUGCAUGUACCCUAUUUAUGUAAGGGCCCCAUACACACAACACUUACAAUGAUCCAUCUACAAUACUUCACAGCUACCUUUUAGCCAAGACUGUCAGCUACAACAAUAAGCAAGAGACUUAAAGAACAUGAGGAAAAAUUUUGAGUUUUCAGUAGCAAAAUUAGUGCAUUUCAAAUGAUAUUUUGAGACUUACUGCAAAGACUGUAAAAUUUUGUGAUCAGAUGAAAGUCCGCAAGACCCAAGAUCUUUCAAAGUGCCAUUUGCUUCCUCUUCCAAAGUUGCCAAUAAGUUAAGUUAUGAGGAAAAUUAAAGGCUAUUUGGACCUCAAUUAUCUCAAGUUUGUAAAAACAAGGCAAAAACCUGUCAUGUAGCAACAGUAACUAUAACAAAACCAACUGGGAAUUAACUUUGGAUUGGAACCUGUUACUUAUUACCAGGUAUUUAAUUUUUUUGGUCAUUGGCAUGCAGUCAAGAGGCAGAUGUUUCCCAAUUUUUUUUAAUGAACCUUUUUUCAUCAUCAAAUAGGUAGGCUCUGCUAUUGGUGUUGACAUCAUCAAGUUUGAAGCUAGUUCAAUGGAAGCCAUACUUAGAGUAAAAGAAAGGUGAAAAUUAAACACUAUCUCCCAGAUUUCUGUUUUUAUAUGAACAAGUACUUAUUUUAGCUCAGUUCUGCAAUUGUGAUUUAAGUAUAUUGUCUUUUUCCACACUCUUGAGAUUGGUUGGCAUUUGGAUUUUAUUGAUCACACAGGCUUGUGAGCAUCAGAUCUUGCAAUUGGUUGCAUAGGUUUAUGUUUGAAGCCAUUCUCUUCACGUUGUCUGAAGCAAAAUUAGUUAAAGAGCACAGAAAUAUAGUAUUAUUUGCUUCUGAGAAGAUAUAACUUGCUAAUCUUACCUCUGUCUUUUUAGUGGGUUGGUGAAGUUGUGGAGUGCUUUAACUCUGUUGAGUUACUAUAAAGAUAGAAGAUGUGCAAUUUAUGUCAUUCAGGUAUAUAUAAUGUUUAAUUUGCAAAGAUAGUAUUCCCUUUAAAUCAUGUGCAUACAACGAUGAAAAACCACCAUUUUUUGCAAUUAUUACAAUUGUAGUGACUUUUCUUAGCUUCUCUGCUUGCAUUCAUAGGUCUCUCCUUAUUUGCUGAGCUUAGCAGCAGACAGCAGACAGUGGAAGAUAAAAGAAAAAGAAGUAACCACUUGAUGAAGCUACAUGUAAAGCUUCAGCAUGGAACACCCAAAUCUCAUAGGCACCUUGUUAAGGUGAUAUCAACCAAAGCUUACAUCAGUGCCUGUCAAUUAUUGCUGGAUGUAAAUGGAAAGGAGCAGUGAACAACAAAACUGCUUGAUAAAUCCCUUUUACUCAGAGGUCUUCUGUUGAAAAACUAAUUGGACAGACAAAGAAACAAAGUAAUGGUUGAAGUUAUUCUCCUUUCCACAGUCCCUCGCACUUCAUUCUUCAGACUUUGAAAGCCUAAUGAGGAGGCUGAAACAGUG